AUUUUCCUUCGCACCCUUCCCUCCCUCUCGCAGUCUCGCUGCCGAGCGCCCCAGCUCCCUCGCUUCGUCGCUCGUCUUCCUCCUCACGCACGCCACCACCCCUCCCUCCACAUCCUGCUGCCGGGCGCCCCAGCCCCCUAGCUCGUCUUCCUCAUCGCGCGAGCACCUUCAACGCAGGAAUGCACCAUGACAAGCAAUUUUUUCAAAGACAGGAGAAGGGUUCUGAAGUCUGAACAGCUACUAGCUGAAAUCUGAAACAUAGAAAAUCACCUAAGGAUAUUCAGAGAACAUCACAGCAGACCCUUGUAUUAAGCGAGACAAAAAUGAAAUGUAACGCAUGCUGGAGGGAGAUGGAAGGGCAAGCCAUAUCUACAACCUGUGGCCAUCUUUUAUGUCCGGAGGAUGCAAAGAAAAUACUCAGUGCUGAUGGUGCAUGUCCAAUCUGUGAUCAAGUGCUUUCAAAAAGCCACAUGAAGCCUAUUGACAUAAACCCAAGUGAUGAAUGGACAAAUAUGUCAAUGGUUGGGAUUUCUCCACAGAUACUUAUGAAGAGUGCAUACAGAAGUGUCAUGUUUUACAUUGGACAGAAAGAACUGGAGAUGCAAUACAAGAUGAAUAGAGUUCUUGGUCAAUGUAGGCAGAAGUGUGAACAUAUUCAGGCAAAGUUCACUGAGAAACUGGAAGAAGUGCAUACUGCAUACCAGAAGAUGGGCAAAAGGUGCCAGUUGAUGGAACAAGAGAUUGAAAACUUGACGAGGGAUAAGCAGGAACUACAAGAAAAAUUUGCAGAGAAAUCCAGGCAGAAAAGGAAGCUCGACGAGAUGUAUGAUCAGCUGAGAAACGAGUAUGAGUCGGUAAAACGUUCAGCCAUUCAACCUGCAAACAACUACUUCUCAAGAGCUCAACCAGACUUGUUCUCAGGCAUGCCCAACAUAUUGGAUAGCGGCAACCCUCUGAGACAAGGAUCAAUUGAUCCUCCUGAAACCCCAGGGCGCAGAGAGGAGGGAUGGGCUCCACAACCAAGGCAACGUCGUGAGAACUCUGGUCCAUUUGAGCUCUCUGCGGGAUCUCCUGGUCAUACUGCAGCACCUCCAAUGGAUAUGAGACCCAGACAGCCGGCACGGUCCACCUUUGGAGCGAACAUGAACAAUUCUUCCGCAGCUCUGCGAAAUAUGAUUAUCUCACCAAUGAAGCGUCCUCAGCUAUCCCGUAACCGUCCACAAUUGUUCACGCUGUAGACUGUAGAAUUGGAAGAGCUGAGAAGACUUUCUUCUUUGAGUCUGUCAUAAUCUUGCCAUGGAAGGGCUGAGGAUUGUGUAAGAUCAAUCUGUCUCCGGUCUCCCUUCCUCCCUGUUAUUUUGGCACGUUGUUUCGUGUAGAAAGUGUUGCAGGGGAUCAAUCAGUAACGUAGUUGUGUCCUGGAAAUGCACCUGGCUUAAUCAAGAUGUAUUGGCACUUCGUCAUUGUUGCAGUUACAUGUAUAUGGAUGAUAUAGCUGACAGCCUGACACUGUAAUCGAACUUCCGGACGCAUGUCCUGUGAUUUGGAAAUAAACAUCUAGUAAUUUACUACUGCACUCAA